CCUUGCCCUUGCCCAACUCCGUACUGACCUCGUCCUUGUCUGUCGUAUUUCAACUUUUCGCAUGCCACAAUUUCUCCCUUUUUUGUGUGCGUGUAGAUGCUGACAUCCUAAUCAAACCUACCUUAGAUAACCUUCACAACGGCAUCUUCUCUCGCUAUACCGUGCCAUCAAGACCAAACCCUCUCUUUGCAAAUAACCGCCUGUCGAGCCACUCCGAUCGACCUCUGUCCCUCGUAAAACCUCCAAUCGGGCGCCUACCCCUUCUCCACCUGCGACACCUGCCAACUGCAACUGACAAAAAGACUUCCUUCUGCUUCCCUCCACGCUGCCUCCAGAUGACUCUCUGCUCAACCAAGUCCUCGCUAGUCCGCCGAUAGCCUCUCCAAUCCGCCUGUACAUGGUUAGAUCACGCAACAAUCGAACAUGCAGACCCUGCCCUCUGGCUGCGCUCCGAACGGCUCGAUCAAGUCCUGCAAUCCGUCUCUAGUCGUCGAAAAGUGGUGAAAUGUCAAUGUCGCGCAGAGUAGCACAAGAUUCGACUCUUCAAGCGCAAUCCAUCAAGACCGGGUCGACUUUUGCCGCGGCUUUCCAUUACACAGAACCCAGCACGUCUGCUCAGUCUGCCCCUCGCUCAGGAACGUCCACUGUUCAUCAGUCGGGCAUGAGCGGCCUUUCGCCGCGCCGUCGUGCUGCCCAAGCGGCUGCUAUGAACGGCUAUGUUGCCAGUCCUGAUCUGCCUCCACCUCCUGCGCCCACGUAUGUUCGAGCGCUGUAUAAUUAUGAUGCAGACGACCACACCAGCCUGAGUUUCCGGGCAGGAGAUAUAAUCCAAGUCUUGACACAACUCGAAAGUGGAUGGUGGGAUGGUGUGAUCAACGAUGUUCGGGGCUGGUUCCCCAGCAAUUAUACCGUUGAGAUAUCGGAUUCUAAUGAGCUGGGUGAACUGGCUGGCCAGGGUGAGAGUGAAACAGGGUCAGGGACCGAGGAGGAUUAUGAUGAUGAAGAGGAGGAUUCAGAUGUUCACACCCAGGACGAAGACUCCGACUUACCAAUAGAGGGUGGGAACGCUCAGACUCAAGAGGAGGCGGCAUUUUGGGUUCCUCAGGCGACACCGGAUGGCCGACUGUUCUAUUUCAACACGUUGACGGGCGUUAGUACCAUGGAAUUGCCGUUAGAGACGCCAACGAGUUCCGAUGAGACUGGACCGAGGGAUCGCAACAAUUUCCAUGUACCCGAUCAAACAAGGCCACCGCCCGAGAUGAUGGCUGGGCGGUAUGGGCAGAAUGAGGAGGAUUAUGAUGGGUCGGCAUCUGAGGCGGACGGUGAACAAUCUUUCCGUUCUUCGCGCAAGAAGGGAUCCAUGACUUCGGCUAGCAUCUCAACUUCAACUUCCAUGGACUCGAUCGAUGUAAGCGCAGCCAGGCAAGCGGGUAAUCAAUUUGCAAAUCCUCUGACAAGUACUUUCGGGACAUCCAUGGCAUUGCCUCCACUAGGGACGACGGCCACCUCAUUCACUGUGCCGCCGCACCAGAAGCUUUCUAAAUCACCAAUGCCUAAAUAUUUCUUGGAUGACACAGGAACGGCACCUGUAACGUGGAACACCUUGGUCGAGAACAUGCGAGCGGCAAUUGAGGCUUACCGACAUGCCAUCCGUACCCACGCCCGCGCUGAGUAUGUUCGGAGAGCUGAAGACAUCUCAGAUCAUUUGCGCAUGCUGCUUGCCGCAGGAUCAGGCACAACUGACAACCACUCCGGAAACCCUUCUAUCAUCUCCACCAACAAAGCCUUAUACCCUCACUUCAGAGAAAUGAUGUCCAAGUUCUCGAAGCUUGUUCUUUCCUCUCAUAUCGCAGCCGCCGACUGGCCGGGCCCCGAUGCCCUGACGAAAUGUCUCCAGGAAGCUGAAGGCGUCAUGAACGGUGUCUACGGCUAUGCCGACGUGGCGAAACAGCAGCGAGGUGAAGAGAUACCCCGACUGAUUCCCGGCUUCAUCAUGGGUAGUAAAGUUGGAGGUAGCUGGAGAGAUAACAACAUCGACAGUCAGACCAACCUCGAGGAAACUUCAUUCAUGGAUUCCGGCGACGAGUUGAGCUCACGUCCUUCCACGCUACUAGAUGCCAAUCUCCUGCAGCGCAUCGAUGAUUGCAAGAAGAAUCUAGCAGCCGCAAUUCGAAGUUUGGAGGAGGGCCUUGUGUUGACGGAGAAGAUUGUCACUCCUGCACGGCAGUCUGCGAUCGGAGACGAUGUAUGCCAGGGGGCCGGCAUUGUCAUUGACUACUUUCGACCAUGGAGCCAUCUCAUUGAAUCGAUCGACCUUUCUGCGCUAGGAAAUGUAUUCCAGAAGCCGUCGCUGGUGGAUUUUGGAUCGCAAAAACAAAGAGUGUAUGAUUCGGUUGGUGAGUUGGUGGUGAACUGUCAAGCUGUCACUGCACCACUUGCAGACGAAUGGGCAGAAAUCCGAGGCGAGUCGCUCGACACUCGUUUGAACAACGUACGGGGUGCAUGCAAGCAACUCGAAGCUCACGUAUCCAACUUGGGUUAUGCGUUGCAGCUCUUACUGCCGGCGACCAGUCUAAGUGCUCCCACUGCCACGAAUAAGCGAGACCACAGAAAUACUGAUGGAGGCGAAACCUACCUAAACCAUCAUCUCAGAUCCGACUCAAAUCACGCUGCUAACCUACGACCUGCAUUGGCUGAUGUUGGUCAGUCAAAAUCCUACACCCUGGGUCAAGAACCUCCUCAAAUGGACAAGAACCGUCGUCCUCCGACCAAGGACAAGGCGAGACAAUUUUUUGGCCAGAUACCGCCAAACCUGGCUCAACUAAAAACUGCAAACAUCGAGCCGAGCUUUAAUUCAGAAGACGUGCCGUGGUAUUUGGAACUCGAUCAUGCUGACGAGGUGAUCUAUGACACCAAGGCUAAUCCACCUCAAGUCAAAAGCGGUUCCCUGACAGGACUGGUUGAGCAGCUCACUCGACACGAUCGGCCUGAUACUACCUUUACAACCACCUUCUUGCUCACCCACAGAUCAUUUACGACAGCUGCAGAAUUGUUUGAGCUGUUGGUGAAACGCUUUAACCUACAGCCACCGGCUGGCUUGAACAGAGACGAAUUUUUGAUCUGGGAAGAGCACAAACAGAAGGUUGCACGAUUUCGAGUGGUCAAUAUCCUCAAACAGUGGCUAGAAAUAUACUGGAUGGAAAGUGACAAUGAAAAGAGCAGAGAAUUGCUGGAGCGUAUGAUGGCAUUUGCCAAAAAUGCGAGCACCAAAGUCCCCCUAGCAAAGGUCUUGGUAACCCUGAUCGACCAACGCCUCAAGGGCCAGGAUACAUCUUCGAAAAAGCUGGUCCUUACAAUAACGAAUUCUGCCCCGGCACCAAUCUUGCCCAAAAACAUGAAGAAGAUCAAAUUCCUUGACAUUGAUCCCACCGAAUUUGCUCGACAAUUGACAAUCAUGGAAUCCAGGCUUUAUGCGAAAAUCAAACCUUCGGAGUGUUUGGCCAAAACGUGGGAAAAGAAAGCCAAUGAUAUGCCACCAUUCUUGAAUGUGCAAGCAGCCAUAUUGCAUUCCAAUCAGCUCACCAACUGGACGGCGGAGAUGAUCCUGGGCCAAGCUGAGGUAAAGAAGAGAGUUGUUGUUGUGAAGCAUUUUGUCGCUAUUGCAGACAAAUGUCGUGCAUUGAACAACUUCUCGGCCGUGACAGCCAUUAUCUCUGCCUUUGGUACAGCGCCUAUCCUGCGACUCAGUCGGACAUGGCACGGAGUCAACCCCAAAACAUCGGCAAUGCUCGAAUCGAUGCGUCAAUUGAUUUCAACAGCGAAAAACUUUUCCCAAUAUCGAGAGACAUUGGCAGCGGCAACUCCACCCUGUAUACCUUUCAUGGGUGUAUACAUGACCGACUUGAUCUUUAUUGAGGACGGUAUUCCAUCCCUUGCAAAGAACUCAGAGUUGAUCAAUUUCUCCAAACGUACAAAAACUGCUGAGGUGAUUCGACUGAUUCAGCAGUAUCAGAACGUCCCGUACAAUCUGAACCCGGUGCCAGAUCUGCAGGAAUGGAUUGCCGAAAAUAUGAGAAAUGCUGGAGACGUCCAAGAAAUGUAUCCUCAGAGCUUGAAAGUGGAGCCUCGCGAGCGAGAAGAGGAAAAGAUUGCUCGACUACUAUCGGAAUCGGGAUUCUUGUGAGACCGUAUAAUACAAUUACAAAUGCUUCUUCCUCGAGGAGGACGGCGACAAAGCAUGCGAAUCAAGUGCGGAACUCAAAGGAUACCCCGUUUCGAUGAUCAGCCCACAUCGGGCGUAUACUUGAUGUACAUUGUUGACCAGAGUUCUUCGUCUUUCUUUCGACUCUGCUGGCGCUGGAAUAUCAGACAACUGGUCGACUGGAUGUUUCGGCCUUGAUGAAGCUGUUGCACGGCGUUCAUUUGAAGAUGUCAGUUUGCUGCUCAAUGCCACGAGGUCAUGCAUAAUUUACGAUUUUCAUGCUGUGAAUAUGAAUUGCAAGACGGCGCUCCAAAACUGGUAGGGGCCUAUGUGCCAAUGGCCAAGCGAAAGAAUUUGAAGGCUUGGCUGGAUAUAGGUGGACUUUUGCUGGUUCGAUAGCUGUUCUUCCUAUAGACCAGUAUCCGUAUAUUUGUUGCACAUGUCACA